AUGGAUAUUAAUUUCUUACUUAACCAGACGGAGCCUCAAACCGUUGUUCCUGGCAUUAAGCCAGAAGGUAAAAGGGAAUUGGAAAAUUUGCCUGAAAGUCCACACAAGAGGGCUAAAAUAGAAGAAUAUAAUGUGUCAGAUGAAGACAGUGAUUCAGGGAAAAGCCAAUUUUCUUCAAGAAGGUCAACUGCAACGUCGAUUUCAUCGGUGAGUUCUAAUGAUAGUACACCAUUACCAGACAUAUGUCACGAUCCAGCACGCAGUGCAUAUACUGAAUACAAUGAAGCGGAUGAUAAACUCGUGGUGAUCAACUCAGAGAAUUCAGAUAUUAAUAGUUGUAAAGACCUUAUUGAUGUUUUGUCACAAAAUUACAAGUACUCGACCCAAGUAAUUAAAAUUUCAUUUGUUGAUAGAGAUUUACCAAAGAUACCCUCACUGAGUGAAUUAACAGAGAAAGGGGAAAAGGCGAUACGACAGGACGUUAUUGCUAAAAUACACGAGAAAUACGUUGAACCGUUACUCGAUCUUACAGGAUAUAGAUGGGUACGAAAGGAAGUGCCGUCCAAGGGUAGAGGAUUAAAAGUUUUUUCGAUCAAGUAUUCUUGUUCUCAACAGUCAAGGAAAGGUUGCAAGAAUAACAAGGUUUCAGAGAAGAACAGGUCCAGACAUCUAAGUCAUCCUCUUAAACAAUAUGACUGUGAAUCUUUGUAUUCAAUCAAGUACAUAUGGUCUACGCAAAAUGUAGAAGUCAACUACAAGCAUUUAAAGCAUCCUCCUUAUAAGAGACUACCAGAGAAGCUAAAACCAUUUAUCAGAGAAAGAUUAGAUAUGAAAGCUUUAGACUUAUAUCAUGAAAUUUUAAAAGAGCCGAGAUUCAAUGAUGUCAAGCAUCUUAUUUUCUUUGGGAAAGUUCAAAGCUAUUGGUCAAAGGAACGGACCAAGAACAAAGAAAAAACAACAAAAGAAGCCUUUAAACACUUCUUUCAAAACUAG